AUGUGGGGGUUUCAGUUUUUGUUAGACAUCAGUUCUACCGAAAAUUUUAGCAUACGUAAAGUGGAGUACAUGGAGUUCCUAGUAGCAAGGAAGAAAAGUGGUGGAGCAAUUGCAACAUCUCUAGGAACACGCCAUCGGACCAACGAAACAGUGAAAAUUUUCAGUACAUACCUGGACCUGGUAAAGAACAAUAUUUGGCCAGAUUAG